AUGGCUGCUGGCCCUCCCUUCGAUCAACCUUGGCUUGCGAACGUCGGUAACAACCCCAACAUCAACCGCGAACCUCCACCUCCUCCUAUCAACGCCGGUCCGGUACCUCAAGCACAACAUCCGAUUGCAGCUGCAGGAGGAGCUCAAGUUGUCGUAGAACAACAACACGCCCCUGUUUACGGUCCUCCCCUACCCAUCGGUAUCGGCGCCCCAGCAUUCGGUGGUGUCGGCAUAGGUGCGUUUCCACCUGUUUUUCCACCCGUCGGCAUCAUGGACCCAUUUAUGAUGGGCGGCAUGAUGGGCGGUUACAUGGGGCCUGGCGGUGGACCACUCGCUCCCGUCCGCGCAGGCAACUUUCUUCCGGGUGCUCAUCACGGUAUAGGCUUUGGUAUGAAUGCCAACGGUGUUCCGUUCCCACCACCACCACCUGGCGCCAUCGCCGGGGUUAUCCCUCCUUUUGCUCCUGCUACACCGUUAUGGGCGGGUGGAGGUCUCGCAUUCGGAAACGUACCUGCGGUAGGAGGAGUUGGAGUCGGCGGAAUGAUGCCUGGUAUGAUGAUGGGCGGUGGCAUGAUGCCAGGCAUGAUGGGCCCUGGCGUGGCAGGCUCACAACACUUCCGUCCAGCACCCAUGUUCAUUGACGGAAACCACGGCCACCCAGCUCAACCUGAACAGCAAGACGUUAGUCAGAUUUCCGGUGGUAUCCCGCCGGGCGUCAUGCUGGUUGAGUCGGCCGAACACACCAUCUUCUAUCGCAUCACAGGCAAUAUCUGCCCUUGGCUUUCUCCAGGCACACCACUUACUCUAGAGCCGCUUGCUGCAGCAAGCACUACGGGUCUCAAUCGUCUCAUUCAGAUCUGCAAUGAUGGUACACCAGCUGAUGAGUUGGAGAACUGCGCGGUUACUGAGUGUAUCGAGUUAGCCAAUGGAUUAUGGGAAAAGGGUCAGACGUUCAAGUACAACGAUGCUGUCUCUAGGGUAUUGACUUUGAAAGAUGCUGGAUGGGACAAUACAAGGAAUAGGGGGAACGGCAAUUCUCUUCAUCUUUGGGGUCACCGUAUCUAA